AUGUGGAGGCUGAAGGUGGGAGCAGAGAGCGUUGGGGAGAAGGAUGAGAAAUGGGUGAAGAGCGUAAGCAAUCACUUGGGCCGCCAAGUUUGGGAGUUCUGUGCCGCCGACGCCGCCGCCGUCACUCCUCACCAGUUACUACAAAUUCAGAAUGCUCGCAACCACUUCCAUCGCAAUCGUUUCCACCGGAAGCAGUCUUCCGAUCUCUUUCUCGCUAUUCAGUAUGAAAAGGAAAUAGCGAAGGGCGGAAAAGGGAAAGAGGCGGUGAAAGUGAAAGAAGGGGAGGAGGUGGGGAAAGAGGCGGUGAAGAGUACGUUAGAGAGGGCACUAAGUUUCUACACAGCCGUGCAGACGAGCGAUGGGAAUUGGGCCUCGGAUCUUGGAGGGCCCAUGUUUUUACUUCCGGGUCUCGUGAUUGCCCUUUAUGUCACAGGCGUGUUGAAUUCAGUUUUGUCCAAGCACCACCGCGUAGAGAUGUGCAGAUAUAUUUACAAUCACCAGAAUGAAGAUGGAGGGUGGGGUCUACAUAUUGAGGGCACAAGCACCAUGUUUGGUUCGGCACUCAAUUAUGUUGCACUUAGGCUGCUUGGAGAAGACGCCGAUGGCGGAGACGAUGGUGCAAUGACAAAAGCACGUGCUUGGAUCUUGGAGCGCGGCGGCGCCACUGCGAUCACUUCGUGGGGAAAAUUGUGGCUGUCCGUGCUUGGAGUGUACGAAUGGAGUGGCAACAACCCUCUUCCGCCUGAGUUUUGGCUUCUCCCUUACAGCCUACCAUUUCAUCCAGGACGAAUGUGGUGCCAUUGUCGAAUGGUUUAUCUUCCCAUGUCUUACUUAUAUGGGAAGAGAUUUGUUGGCCCAAUCACUCCCAAAGUUCUUUCUCUAAGACAAGAGCUCUACACGGUUCCUUAUCAUGAAAUAGACUGGAAUAAAUCCCGCAAUACAUGUGCAAAGGAGGAUCUAUACUAUCCACAUCCCAAGAUGCAAGACAUACUAUGGGGAUCUAUCUACCAUGUAUAUGAGCCAUUGUUCACUCGUUGGCCUGGGAAACGCCUGAGGGAAAAGGCUUUACAAACUGCAAUGAAACAUAUUCACUAUGAAGAUGAAAAUAGUCGCUAUAUAUGUCUUGGCCCAGUCAACAAGGUACUCAACAUGCUUUGUUGUUGGGUUGAAGAUCCCUACUCAGACGCCUUCAAACUUCACCUUCAACGCGUCCAUGACUAUCUCUGGGUUGCUGAAGAUGGCAUGAGAAUGCAGGGUUACAAUGGCAGCCAGUUGUGGGACACUGCUUUCUCCAUCCAAGCCAUUGUAGCUACCAAACUUGUAGACAGCUAUGCCCCAACUUUAAGAAAAGCACAUGACUUUGUUAAGGAUUCUCAGAUCCAGGAGGACUGUCCUGGGGAUCCUAAUGUUUGGUUCCGUCAUAUUCAUAAAGGUGCUUGGCCAUUUUCGACUCGAGAUCAUGGAUGGCUCAUCUCUGACUGCACGGCUGAGGGAUUGAAGGCUUCUUUGAUGUUAUCCAAACUUCCAUCCACAAUGGUUGGGGAGCCAUUAGAAAAGAAUCGCCUUUGUGAUGCUGUUAAUGUUCUCCUUUCUUUGCAAAAUGAUAACGGCGGAUUUGCAUCAUACGAGUUGACGAGAUCAUACCCUUGGUUGGAGUUGAUCAACCCAGCAGAAACAUUCGGAGACAUUGUCAUCGACUAUUCGUAUGUGGAGUGCACCGCAGCAACAAUGGAAGCACUGACGUUAUUUAAGAAGCUACAUCCAGGCCAUAGGACCAAAGAGAUUGACACAGCUAUUGGCAAGGCAGCCAACUUCCUUGAGAAAAUGCAAAGGGCGGAUGGCUCUUGGUAUGGGUGUUGGGGGGUUUGUUUCACGUAUGCGGGGUGGUUUGGCAUAAAGGGAUUGGUGGCUGCAGGAAGAACAUAUAAUAGCUGUCUUGCCAUCCGCAAGGCUUGUGAGUUUCUGCUAUCUAAAGAGCUGCCCGGCGGUGGAUGGGGGGAGAGUUACCUUUCAUGUCAGAAUAAGGUGUACACCAAUCUUGAGGGAAACAAGCCACACUUGGUUAACACUGCCUGGGUUUUAAUGGCUCUCAUUGAAGCUGGCCAGGGUGAGAGAGACCCAGCACCAUUGCACCGUGCAGCAAGGUUGGUAAUGAAUUCUCAACUGGAGAAUGGCGAUUUCGUGCAACAGGAGAUCAUGGGAGUGUUCAAUAAGAACUGCAUGAUCACAUAUGCUGCAUACCGAAACAUCUUCCCCAUUUGGGCGCUUGGAGAGUAUUGCCAUCGGGUUCUUACUGAAUGAUGUGCCACUGCUUCAACAUUAUUCUACCUCUUAGUUGAUGUAUAAUAUAAUGUAUCACAUCCUUUCUUCAUCUUAUAUCAUCGCCAUCAUCUAUAUAUAAUAAGCAAACUAUUGUUUUGCCAACCAAAGAGCUCAUCUUGUGUGUAUUAGUUCAGCCAAUUGCAUGGCUUUCAACGCC